GCCGGAAACUCUGAUAUCAGCAUGACUUGGGCACUCGCUCUGAUCCCAACCUUGGCACUGAUGCACCUCUGUGAGGGGAACAGGACUCGAACGUCCUGGAGAGACACAUUGUUUUCCCUGGAGUCUGUGUUGGAUAUGGCCCCUAAUUCCUAUGAUGAUCAGUACUCAAAGUGCAUUAAGAAAAUGGAGGCCGAAAUAUCUACAUUUUUGUCACAAGAGAGUUAUGUAAAUAGGGACUUUUCUGAAGCCUGGGAUGUUGCCACUACAAAAUGGGAAAACAUAAAGCGAGAUAUGAAGGUUCCCUCUGGAUUUAAGGAUGAGUACGCCAUAGCAACAUUGGUCUACACCAGUGCGAAACCAGACAUUUAUACACCAUUCAACGAGGCAGUGCGCCAGGCCGGACAGUCUAGAGACUACUAUCUCAGAUACUUCAAUUACAAGGCUCUACAUUACUAUCUGACCAGGGCAGUUCAGAUGCUGAAAACAAAAUCAUGUCACAACGUGUUCAGAGGAACAAAAACUCCAUUCAGCGCUACGCAAGGGAACAAAGUCCGGUUUGGCCAAUUCACAUCUUCAUCAACAAAGAAAACUGUAGCAGAUGAGUUUGGCACUGGCACCAACUUUACUAUCACAACCUGCCACGGGGCCAGCAUUAAGCACUUAUCCUUCUUUCCCAGCGAGGAGGAAGUGCUUAUCCCUCCCUAUGAGACAUUCAAGGUCACCGAUGUCAGAACAGGGAGUGGCAGUAACGUCAUUACACUCGUGUCUGUGGGAACCCAAAGUAACCACAACUGUUGGUAUUUGAAAGCCGCGAGCCCCGGGAUGGAAAGUCUUCAGAUUAUUCCAAUAUGUUGGCUAAUGCUCCUGUGGGGCCCUGUGGGGUCUCUGCUCUUACCCUGACCCCCUGAUUCCUACAGUCUGGAGAAUGUCCCCAUUCCCGCGUGGGGCCCAGUGAAUGUAACGUAGCGCAUACGGCGCCAUCUUCUGCCUGAUUUCCCUCUCAGCAGCCAGGGAGCCCUUGGCAGUUGCACAAAGAGUUUGAUUUGUGUAAAUUUUUUUAUUCUGUUCCAUCCCAUCAUGUAAA